AUGGAGAAUUUUACUGCAGCGACACAAGUAAGAGUGCUUCACCGUGGUACCUUGAGGAUCCAAUACGAAAGCGAAAAGGAUGAGGAACAGCUUCUGGAUCGGGAAAUUCCCUCGAGAUGGAUAUCACCGUCUGAGGAUGUUCCCGCUCCCGCGGAGGCCGACUCCAUGCCGACGUCGCAUUUGAAUGAACCCCAGAGCGAGAAUCAGUAUGCCGGAUAUUUUGAUCUUUUUAAUUGA